CGUUUUUCUAAGGUACAUAAACGUUUGGAAUUGACUGUAUAGCCAAUACAUCCUUAAGUGUAACUAAAUGUCCAAUUCUGGAUUGUAAUAGUGCGUAAUCAUGGAGCUACGCGUGGCUAUGACCGAAGGUUUGCGCAAUGCUUACAGGGAUGUGUAAUAUUAAAUUUUACUGGAGGGUACUUCAACGAAACAUGCUAUAUCGCCACGAGACUUUCUCCUUCGCGAAUCCUAACACAAAGAUCCGAAAACAACACGAAAAGUCUGAUACUUCAAUUCUUCAUUCAUAUUGCCACAUAUAAAAUGUGUUACCACUUUUAUGAAUUUCACCCGAGAAUCGAAGAAUAUAAAAACCAGAUCAUAGAAAUUUUUCAUACGCAGACCGGUAAUAUGUUUCUAAACCAAUUUGUUAAAAGCGGAACGGCGAGUUUACGAGGCUGAGAACUCAGCGAAAUCGCUCGGACAUUUUACGAGCAGCCGGUUUAGAAUUGAAAAAGUCUGAAAGCGUCCGAAAUAAAUUUGAAAAUUCGUCCGGCCGUACCAAUUGUUAAGAGGCAGAGGAGCUUUUCCAUCCGGAUUGCCAUAUCGAUCUCCUAAAUUUUACUCUCGAGUCUUUCGAAUUCGGUCACAUCUAACACUGUCCGUUGCGUAACGCAAUUCUCUGCCUUGAUAAAUGUUCAAACUCUUGGGAACAUAGAAAACCGCGAUAAAAAUGAUGUAUCGACCUCGUAAAUAUUUUAAUGAAAACGAACGUUCACGCGCCAAUCUUGGGAAAAUAGUUGAUAUAAUAAUUGAGGAUGAGUUCGGUUUUGUAAUUGUUUCGAAUGCAUCUCACGUUUGCUGAUCCAGAAUCCUUUCAUAGACUUCCUUACAGCCGAGAAACGAAGUUUCGUUCUAUACAUUAGUUAAUUGCAAAAGAGAAAACGAAGCACAGUUUAUAAAAUCUUAUGUAAAAUCAUGUACAUAAAAAUGGACGUAAGUCUUGCAGGAUUUCAUAUUUUAAAUCGAUAUACCAAAUCAAACUCCCAUCCGCGAGACUAAAAAAUUAAUUAAUUGAAUAAUAACAUAAAAAUUGCGUAACGAUCGCUCGAUACGGAAAUGCAUCGGAGCUCCUUGUAAGGCCUCAAACUAAACAGCUGUAUUAACGUCAUUACGGCGGUACGUGAUUUGAAAGGAUGUCGCCUUUAGGAGAUAAACAUAUGUCACGGAAAAAUUGAACUAUCAAUCCUACUUCGUCCUAAAAAACCGAACCAAUGAGACGUUUUUAUCGUGAGCCACGCGGGAGGCUUAUUGCCGCGGGCAAUUACGGACUUAAUUAUCCGUUGCACAAUGCAACGGGGCACGCGGCUAAGUCACCGAUCCUGAGAUGCAUAGAUCAUUCCGGGAUUCGCCUUUACGCUUCGGAAACCUCCGACUUGGUAAACUUUAAACUUUUACGAGUAAAGUUCUUUAUUUCCCUUAGUUUUACGAAUUUAAAGACGAUCUAAUAAUCGACAAUUACAAUCCCUCUGCCAAAAACCAUCUCCCUAACUGAUUGAAUUAAAUUGACUCCAUGCUCUUAUUUGAAUAUUCCAUGCUAUGUAUUUUUACAAGUUUAAAGAGAUAAAUUGUUCCUUAAUUAAAAUGAUAGCAUUAACUGAAGAGACAAAAUUGUAAUCUCAAAUUGCGGAAAUAAUCGAUUUCUUUUUAAUUAAUAAUUAGCGAGCACGCGUUGCGCGGGUUAAAGCAAAGUGAAAAAUUGUUUUUUUUUCUGGUCCCGUUGAUAGUACAAUUAUAGUCGGCAGAGCGAUGCCACGCUCUUUCUACAUGCCGGCUAGGAAAGGGGGUACAAUACCUAUAUAAAGCUUGAAUGAAGAUGCUCCCAGCUAUUCACUCUCACCUUUCUCACAAAACUGCCCACGACGCGAAUCUUCACGCGGACGAGUCGCGAGGGAAGAUCGGAUACGUGUUGUUCGUCUCCCGUCGACGAAGGAUUUCGCUCCGAGGUGGAGAAAUGAAGGAAAUCGCGACGUUCCUGAUCGUGGCCGGUCUGGGCAUAGCUAUAAGCCAGGAGUACAACGGGGGACAUGCCUUGUUCGUCAGAACGCCGGCGGCGCACUCGAGAAUCCAGCGAGCUGCACCCGCGUCGGCCGCAGAAGUGAUGGCGCAAAAUAUCCUAGAGUGGAUUCAGGGCAUCUACCGACAGGGCGCACGUAAACCUCGACAGCAGUCAGAUACAACAGGCUAUCUACCGCCGUACAGCACUCAGAGACCACCGGAACGACCUCGUCCAUUCCAACCUCCGCCUUCCCAACAACCGAGCUACUCACCCUCUCAGAACGAAGUGACGAAUUUCCCCUUCCAGAGACCUUCGAGUGGUUUCUCACCGCCGAAUCAGUCUCCAACGUUCUCUACUCAGAAACCAACUUAUAUUCCACCAAACAGUCAAUCGUCUUACGGACCAUCGUCUUACAACCCUCGGCCAACUACAACUUCUUACCCAAGUUCCGGCUCCUCGGUUUUUCCGCCGUUUAGUUCGACCUCAAGACCGAGCUCCACCACUCAGACCGGAUUUUCCGCUACGGGUGGAUACUCGACUAAUUAUAAUUACGCUAGUACCGGUGCUACUAAUCAAUAUUCGACUCCCGGUGGAUUUUCUACUUAUGGUUACCCGAGCUCGAGGCCCAGUUCUACUUAUGUCCCAUCGUCCCCGUCUUAUCCUACGCCUUCUUACGGUUACCCGUCCGGGAGACCUACAGACCAGGGAUACCCUGCCGUUACUCCCAUCGAUACCAGUGGAGGAGUCAGCGGCUCUGGAGCCGUUGAAACUUCUGCAGGAACCGGUUCUUUCACCGGGGAAGGUACCGAAACGGGAGCAGAUGAUGACUCGAAACACCCCCCGCACAUUCACGCUCUCGACGUCCAGUGCAGUAAAACUAUGAUGACCAUCAACAUCGAGUUCAAUCGCGUAUUCGACGGAGUUAUCUAUUCCAAGGGAUUCUACAUGAACCCAGAAUGCAGAUACGUGGGACAAAACUCGGGACAGACUAAAUAUUCGUUUACAGUGAGCUUGAACUCAUGUGGUACGCAAUUCAUUAAUGAUUUUGGAGGCGAGGCUGGUCAAGCUUAUUUGGAGAACGUGCUAGUUCUACAGAACGAACCAGGUAUACAAGAAGUUUGGGACACGGUACGUCGAGUUCGUUGCCUGUGGGAAGGCAACAUUAACAAAGCCCUAUCAGUGAACUUCUCUGUAGAUAUGUUGAAUCAAGAAAUAGUAACCUUCAGCGGUGAUACCGCAGUAGCUAAAUUGGAUAUACAAGUGGGAAGAGGACCAUUUGCCCCAGCCGCUGACGGACUUGUUAAGAUCGGAGAAACCAUGACUUUAGUCGUCUCCGUGGAAGGAGAUCCUGGAUUCGAUCUUCAGGUAUUUAAUAGAAUAUUAAAAUAAAUC